CCCUCGUCCGCAUAAUAACAAACCUCUCGAGGACGGACUGAAGGGAAAGGGAUGAUCACUUCACAGAGAUUACUUUCACCGCACUUAUGGCGUGGUUUAGUGGGGAAAAUAUCGCCGAACAUAGGACUGAAGACGAUACCAUGCACGCAGGAUAGGACCUUGAGUAGAUUCUAUUCGUGUUAUAAGUAUAAUGGCACAAUAAAAUCUGUUCCUCUGGCUGGUGUCUCCGGAAGCUACACUCUUUCUCAGGGUUUUGUGCCAAGGUCUUCAUUAGUAAAUCGACAGUUAUGGCUUACUGGUGUCACGCAGGACAGGGGAUAUAGGUCAGGACGUAGCAGACAGGACACAAGUCAUGAGGAUGAGACGCCACAGAACAUCUCCCCACAGCUCAUGGACUUCCCCUGGGUGAUCUGGCCCAGCCUUUGGCACACUAUCCGCAAUUGGAUCUUUGCCAACCUGAUUAUCCGUCCAUACCUAGAUAGAGAAUUUUCUUUGUCUACCUUUAAGGCAGGAGCUAUUCAAGCACUUGUUCAUGUGUCCCAAGAGUUGGCAAAGGGCAACUUCUCUGCUCUCGAAGGUUUAAUUAUAUCAUCAAGUAUGGAAGAAGUCAAAAGAAACUUUGCAAAGCUGUCUCUGAAGCAACGUUUAGACUUGGGAGUUGUCGCUGAGGAUAUUUUCUUUUCAUUCCCUUACCAGAUUGGGGUGAUCUUUACUAAUGAGGGAGGUCCCCAUGAGCGUAUUUUUGUAGAGAUAACCAUGUGUUAUCAUAUCUUUAAGGGAUUUCAAGAUCACUUGGAACAGGCAGCUAGGAAUGAGAAUACAGGCACUUUCAGAGGAGUGUAUGAUAAUCAUGAUCGUAUUUCAAUUGCUAAUUACAGAUUCAUAAGAGAAUUUACAAGAGGAGUUGAAGACGAGUGGACGGUGAAUGUCGCAAAUCACUUCAAGCCCGGGGAAUACAUUCAGCAGCGAUAGAGCCCCCAAUAAGAACCUCAUGGAAACACACAAAUCUUAUAGUUAUUGUUUUCAAGAUUUUACAAAUAGCUUGCAGAGUUGAUCUUAAUCAGCACUUCCGUUUUUUCUUCUUAACUUUUUAUAGCUCUUUCUCUUGACAUUUUUCAGUCUUUCUCUAAAUGUAUAGGUAAAUGCAAGAUCUAAGAGGACAGGUGAAAAAGAGAGCAUGUAAAACAGAUCUAGAGAGCCAGUCUAGUUGCAAAUGAUAAUGAAAUCAGUAGAUACACAGUUUAAAAGUAAGGAGACGAUUAAGUAAUUGGUACUCUUGGUAUAUGUGUACUUGUGCAGGUGAUUUUCUGAAAAAGGUUUACAUAUCUAUGAAAACCUUUCCAGUACUCUUUCCAGUACUCUUUCCAGUACCUGAUGAAAGACCUUUAAAUAAUUUGCUUUGCUUGAGCUAGUCUGAGAAUAUUUAGACCAGUGCUGCCUGUAGGUUGCAACAUGUCUGGCCCACCCAUUUUCUGUAAUCUCUUGGGUACCUAUCUGCACACCCUAAUAUCGAAGGCUAUAACUAGCCCUGGUACAUGAUGAAUUAUGAGAGAGUCAUCAAAUCUGCCCUCCAUGCAGCUACUUUUUCAAAGAGAUUGCAGAAACUUCAUAAGUUUUAUAAUAAGUGUGUGUGGGUUUGGUUGGGUGGCUACUGUCAAGGUGAUUGACAUUGUAAUCCUUGGGAUGAUGAUUGAAAUUUGUAAUAAAUAUUAUGAGUAUGACAAGUGUCAUGUCCCAUGUCUGCAGUACAAGGUCAUAUGGUUAUUCACAAAUAUAUAUGUAUACAUACUUAGUGUGAAGAGUAGCUGUCAGGCAUUAUUGGCAGUGGUUUGUAUAGCCUAUUCAUUAAGUGUCAUACAAUGUAUGGUCUUAUAUUGUCAGUGUUUAGCAUCCUAUCAUUAAGGAGUGCUCUUCAAAAUCCUUCAGGUUUUUGAUAGAAGAUGUUUUGUAAGAGAUGAUAUUAAAGAUUUAAGCAGUUGA